AUGCCAGCUCCAAACCUCACCGAGGUGUACUUCAACCCCUCCACGCUCACGCUGCUUGGGAUUCCAGGCCUGGAAGGCGUGCAGUUCUGGAUCGCUCUCCCUUUCUGUGUCAUGUACGUACUCGCUAUACUAGGCAACCUGCUCCUUCUGGCAGUUAUCAAAACAGAGCACAGCCUCCAUAGCCCCAUGUAUAUCUUCCUGGCUAUGUUAGCUGUGACAGACCUAGGUUUAUCCACUUGCAUAAUGCCUACAAUUCUGGGCAAUUUCUGGUUUGGAUCCAGCGACAUUGGUUUCAAUGCCUGCUUAGUCCAGAUGUUCUUUAUCCACACUUUCCAGGCUAUGGAGUCAGGGGUGUUGUUGGCAAUGGCCUUUGACAGGUACAUGGCAGUCUGCAAUCCCCUGAGAUAUUCAAGCAUCCUAACUGACCAUUUCUUGUGCAAACUGGGGCUUGCCAUUGUAAUCAGGCCAACCAUCUUGAAUGCUCCGUGUGCUUUUCUGAUUAAGAGAUUGCAGUUCUACAAGAGCACCAUCAUCUCCCACUCCUACUGCGAGCACAUGGCUGUGGUGAAGCUGGCAGCUGUUGACAUCAGGAUCAACAAAGCUUACGGCCUCUUUGUAGCUUUCACAAUCCUGGGCGUUGACAUAAUCUUCAUCGCUGUGUCUUAUGUCCUGAUCUUCAGGGCCAUCUUCAUGCUGCCGCAGAAGGAUGCACGUCUCAAGGCUUUCCAUACCUGCACCGCCCACAUCUGUGUCUUUCUCGAGUUUUACAUCCUAGGCUUCUUCUCCUUUUUCACGCACCGCUUUGGGCACCACGUGGCCCCCUACAUCCACAUCCUCCUCUCCAACCUCUACCUCCUGGUGCCCCCGCUGCUGAACGGUGUGAACACCAAGCAGAUCCGGCGGCGGGUGCGGGAAGUGUUGUGGCUCAAGAGCAGCUCUUCCAAGCACUGA